UUACGAUUUUUUUUAUUUUAUUUUUUAGAAAUUUUAAAAUGUUCAGUGUGAACUGUAUGAAGUUGCACUGCCAAAACUUUGAAGAAAACCUUACACAUUAUAAAAUAGAUAUAGUUAGGAAAUUAUGUUUAGUGACUGAAGGGGAUAAAAUACCAUUGCAGAGCACGUGGAAGAAAGCACGUGGGCGCAGCAUUAGAUAAACAUCAACAAACGUUUUAUUUGUCAUUUGUAUUUACAGCUGCGAGGGAAAUGUACCUUACUUGCUCUAUUUAGCCUGGACAGAGAAUGAGGAAAAGAUAUGGGAGAGCUGGCCGAAGCAGAAGGAGGAAACAAAACCAGAUACUGUCCUCUGUACAUGGAGUUAACCUGAGCCAAGAGCUGGGAAAUAUACAGUUGAGAAGAUGGCUGAAACAAAGGGGCUUCUGGGAUCUUUACCUACUGCCAGCUCACUUUUCAGAUACAGGAAGAGGCCUUAUGAUCACAAAGUCACUUAAGGCUGGCAACCUGAUUAUUUCUUUGCCUGUUAAAUGUCUUCUGACCACAUCGACAGUGCUGGGAAGUUAUAUGGGUGAAUACAUUAAAAGAUGGAAGCCUCAAGUAUCCCCUUUGCUGGCCCUCUGUGCAUUCCUGAUAUCGGAAAGGCAUUUUGGGAAUAAGUCUCUUUGGAAACCCUACAUAGAUGUUCUUCCAAAGACAUACACAUGCCCUGUCUACUUUCCUGAAGGUAUUUUAAACCUGUUCCCUGGGCCUCUUUGCAGGAAUGCCCAGGAGCAGAGAUCCACAGUUCAGGAGCUUUACAUCUCCUCACAGCCAUUUUUUUUGUCACUUCAAAGCUUGUUUGGGGAAAGAGUGAAGGAUAUAUUUACCCAUGAUGCACUGAGGUGGGCUUGGUGCAGCAUUAAUACCCGUACUGUGUAUAUGAAGCACCCUCAGAGUGAGUUCCUUUCACGAGAACCAGAUGUUUAUGCCUUGGCUCCAUACUUAGACCUGCUGAAUCACAGUCCUGGAGUGGAGGUGACAGCUGCUUUUAAUGAGAAGAGCCAGUGCUAUGAGAUCAGAACAGGCAGAGACUGCAGGAGAUAUGAGCAGGUGUUUAUCUGCUAUGGACCACACGAUAACCAGAGACUGCUUCUGGAGUAUGGGUUCAUCGCUGGAGGCAACCCUCAUAGCGUUGUUUACAUCGACCAAGAUGUCCUACAGUCCUGUCUUUUAAAAGAGGACAAGCAAACAGCUCAAAAGCUUUCUUUCCUAAUGGAGAACAACUUUUUAGAAAACCUGACUUUUGGAUUGGACGGACCUUCGUGGAGGUUACUAACUACUCUUAAAUUGCUGUGCCUCGGACCAAACGAGUUUUCCUGCUGGAAGAAGGUGCUCCUUGGGGCUUCAGUCUCGAGUGAAAACGAGAAGAUGAGCCUGAACCUGGCUGAGCGUUUGUGCUGUCAUUUAAUGGAUGACAAUAACAAGGCCAUGCAGAAGAUUUCCCAUAGAAGGUGUAACAAACUAGAUGAAUUCAAAGAUUACCUGGACUUAGUGGAAUCUCUGAGGAGAGAGGAACGUGGAAUCUUGGAGUCUUCCCUAGAAACAUUGAAGAACUUAAGAUCUGCCAUUAGCUGAAAAAGAAUGAGAAAAAUGGACUUCCUAUUAAUGCCACCUAUUCCAAAAUGGACAAAGAGCAGUCUUCAAAAAAAUAAGAAGUGCAACUGCAAGCCAGACUGACUUCCUACUGCUGCAAGUAGAGUUCCAUCUGUGGCUCUUUAGUAAGGCGAGCAUACCUUCACCUCUUCCGGAUUGGUUAGCAACACUGUCAUAAAAAGGUUUUGCUUACUGAGAGCUGAGAAAAAAAAAAAGUUUCUGGAAAAUGUGAAUUAUUUUAUACUUUCUACUUACUUUCUUUUUGAACAUAUUGUUACAGCCAAGCAAAGACUUUCCUGGGGAUUCCUCAGUGGAUGGUAAACAUUGUCAUUUGACUGACCUGCUCCUAGCAGAACUGACAACACCAAUUUGAACUAAAAAGUAAUCAAAAAAAUGGAUCACACAGUUCAAGUUAAUUUGAAAGUUGUUCUCUUGUGAAAAGCACAACUUCUUUGUGCAUCACUCCUAUUGCAUAGCAGUGUAAUCAAUUUCUGGUUUUACUAGUUUAAUAAGACAUCUGACUUUGUUACAUAGGCACUGUGGCUAAUCAGGCUUGCAUUAAAACCUGUAAUGAGUGAACGUCUGUGCCAGGGGUGGACAACCCUGGUCCUGGAGAGCCACAAUCCUGCAGGUUUUCUGAGUAUCGUUAACAUCAAUGCCGGGAAACCUGCACAGCAGUCGACAGUACUGUCUUAUUAGUUUAAAUACAAGAAGGACUAAAGAGUCACCAUAAAUUUCUAAUAGAAGCCACAUAACCUUAAGCAUUUUAAAGCGGUUUGUAUGGAGGCAAGGUGAACCGUGAAAUGCCUCAAUGUUUUCACAGUUGUCCUUGACAGAUCAGUAACCCCUGCUUCUGAACACAACAGAAGGAGCAGCAGCUUGUUUUUGGCAGGUCUCCACUUGGACAACUGUGUUCUUUUUGUGUUCUGUUUGAACCAGUGCAAAAUGUUCCUCCCAAGGAAAAAAAAAACAGUAUACAUGUUAUAAAGCCUGUUAGAAACCAAUUGAUUCUACUUAAACCAUUGUUUUUGCUGUAGUUUCAUAAAAUGUGUGUUCCCGUAACAACUACGGUAGGUUAAAAAAUAUUUUAUUUAUUACAGCAGUGUGGAGUAGUGGUUGGGCUCUGGACUCUUGACCGGAGGAUUGUGGGUUCAAUCCCUGGUAGAGGACACUGCUGUUGUACCCUUGAGCAAGGUACUUUACCUAGAUUGCUCCAGUAAAAACCCAACUGUAUAAAUGGGUAAUUGUAUGUAAACAAUAAUGUGAUAUCUUGUAACAAUUGUAAGUCGCCCUGGAUAAGGGCGUCUGCUAAGAAAUAAAUAAUAAUAAUAAUAAUAAUACAAAA